UCGCCAGCCGCCUGUGAAAAGUGCCAUGUCACGUGUGCGGCCCGCUGCUGCUGGUGCCUGACAUUCACAUGCACGCGUGCAUGCAUGCAUACAUGGAGCGCCCCAUAUGUUUUUUGUGGCGGGGUAGCUAAGCACACACCGAGAGGCGUGGCGUGGAGGGGCGCAACGCGCCAUCAUUCAGCAACGCCCCCCGCGAGCUGUACACGCACGAUCGAUAUCAUCAUUAUGGGCAUAGAUUCAGCGAAUGCCUAUUUCCCGUUCCUUCAGCUCCCGCGGGAACUGCGUGACCAGAUAUACAACUACGUCUUUUCCAUUCCGGACAGCCGCGGCGAUCGCGCCCUCCGAAUCGAACGUCGCCAUCUCAAGCAUUUCAAGCCUUCCGUGUCGUCCAUCAUUCUCGUUCUGCACCACGAGUAUUUCCUCUUGAACCGUCAAGUGUGUCGCGAAGCACUCGAGGUGCUGUUCAAAAACCAUUCCAUAUUCCUUAGCGGGGGACCUUAUGUGCUCAAACAGCUGCUCGCGCGCAUCGAACACAAGGGCGGCCCCUUCAAACAGUACUUGAGAUGGAUCAAGCAGAUCGAGCUCGAUUGGGUCACCUUUCCAAACUUGCGCGCCUACCCCCCGGAAAGGAGUGAAGGGAGGGAUGAGUGGUGGUGGGAAGCCGACAACCACGAAGUCGACGUUGACUACAUACGGGGGGCGCAGUACAGUGGAUACUACGAUGAGCACGACUAUGAAGGCGGUUACUAUGAUGAUAAUUUCUAUGAGGCUGAAGAUGAAUCACUGUACCCGAACUGGCCUGAACCUGCGUCGAGGCCGGGGCCCUCGGCGGGUGACGUUUUUGGCUUCUCCUCGCUGUACCCUUUUACCGAUCCCUCGAGAGAGCCAGAUUAUGAUGUCGCGGCAACAAAUGACAUAGAAACUAAACUCGAUCUCCUCAUCUCCAUGGAAGUUACGCCGCUCUUCGAUUACCUUGCGACACCCACAUUCACCAUAUCCAGCAUUGCCCUCCCACUUUACUUCAUUUCCAAACAAUCUUAUCAUGGACGCAACAUCUCACGCCCAGGAUACGCUCUGCCGCUCAAGAUCAGAUAUUGGGUUCAAGUCUGCGUCCAUGCUCUACUCAUGCUACACAACUCUUCGACUUCCUUAUCAUCAUCGCCCAAUCUUCAGGAAGUCCGCAUUAAAUACAUGCCAUGGGAUAUAUGGGCCUCAAUGGACCCUACUGAUGACCUCUCGCGCAUGGUAGACAAGGGCAUAUGGUUUCGACCUGGCGAGGAUCAUAACAACGAAAGAGAACGGGAAGGGGAGGCGUUCCGCGCGGUGUGGGCGACCCUACAGGACACAUAUGGUCUCUGCAAGGGCAAGGAUCGGAUGGGUCUCCGCGCCGAUAUAAGAUUUGUGAAGUGGGAGGGUGAUUUGGAUAAGUGGCGUGUUGGGGAUGAGCUGGAAGUUGUAUUUACAAAGUCGGGGACAAUCUCUUGA